AAGAAAACAUUUUAUAUUUAUUAAAAGAACACCUUCCAGUUUCUACCGUUCUCUCUCUUACGUCGUUUUUAAAGCCAAGCUAUUAACUGCACAGCAAAAAAUUGCAAAAAGUCUCUUAAUUUCUGUGCCUCUCUUUACAGCUUCUCUCUCUCCAGUAAGCUCACCCAAAAAACUCACUCCAAGAAAUGCCACCAAGGUCCAAAGCAAAAACCCUAACCAAGAACCGUACAGCAGCUGAGAAAUAUGCUCCCCGAUCUCGAUUGGUGGCUCCUUUGAGCCGGUGAUCUGUUGCAUUUGACCUUAUAUCAAUAGAGGACGACCUUGAAAAAUUGAAGUGCUCUAUUUCUUUUUCCGGUAAUUUUUGGUCCAUUUUCUUCUCCUUUUCCUUUUGCUUUUGGGGUUGGUGCGAAGAUGUAUAAGAACCAGCUUCAGGAGCUGGCGCAGCGUAGCUGCUUCAAUCUGCCGUCGUACACUUGCAUCAGGGAAGGUCCCGAUCACGCGCCACGGUUCAAGGCCUCCGUUAACUUUAAUGGCGAGACAUACGAGAGCCCUAGCUACUGCUCUACACUCCGCCAGGCGGAACACUCUGCGGCUGAGGUGGCACUCAAUGCGAUAUCCAGCGGUGGACCUACCAGCUCCCUCGCCGCUAGAAUUCUGGAUGAAACAGGCGUGUAUAAGAAUCUCUUGCAAGAGGUCUCACAAAGAGUCGGGGGAUGCAUGCCUUCUUAUACAACUUUCAGAUCUGGUCAAGGCCACCUUCCCGUUUUCACCUGUACAGUGGAGUUGGUGGGCGUUCUAUUCACUGGCGACCCAGCUAAGAGCAAGAAGCAAGCAGAGAAGAAUACGGCCAUGGUGGCUUGGUUAUCUCUCAAAUCACUGGGGCAGCAGUCAGAAACCCCAUUCGAGAAGACCCUCAAAGACGAGCAGGAGCACGUGACAGUAGCCAGGGCCCUUCAAAAGUACCUAAUAAAGGCCAGGCUGGCAAGAAUCCCCUUCCCAAUAAAAUUCCCGACUGUGAGCCCAAGGCCAUCGAGCACACACAAUUCCUCCACAACCUCAAAAAUACUUCCCUUAAUCUGCCCCAAAAUGGCCAACUGCAAAAACAGCCCAUCAUUCCAAAAGAAUGUGAACACAACCCAAACCCAGCCUGUAAUCACGACAACAUCCACGAACGAGAGCUGCUUGUCUUCGGCUGACAACUUUAAGCUUUGGGCUGCCCAGAAAUUCCCUUUACCAAGUGCACCACCGUAUAUUCCUGUCAGGCACAGUAACCCGCAUGGCAGAUUUGCGCCGCUUGUGACUGUACGGAACAUGGUUCCCGUUUUCUCGGCCCCACCGCCAGUGAUGAGGCCUCCGGCCAUUGGGGUUGCGCCACCUGUCUCCAUAAGGCAGGCUGUCCCUGUAUAUGCUGCUCCAGUGCCAAAUUCUGAAGUUUCAGCUGCUGACGAGACUAGGAUUGCAGUUCAGGACAAGCUGCAGGAGUCCAAGGAGAUUGAAGAUUUGAAAUAUCUCAAGAUAUGAGAGCUUAGAAUUGCAUGAAAUUACAGUUGAUCUUCUAUCAUCAUGACCUAUGUAGAUCGUGGCUUUAUUUUCGGUUAGUUAAAUUGUGUUCCUUGUAGUGGAUAAAUUACUUGUCGUUGAAAAGUUCAAUAAUAUUCCCAAAAAUAUUCCUGCAGUUCAUUCCGCUAAUUCAUUUUUCAUUUGCCUUUCGAGUGACCCCAAGAAAUCGAGUGGGUCGAAAUUAAGUGGAGUAUUAUAUGUAGCGUGGAGUGGUAUGCUAUAUGCUUUUUCCAGACUAGUAAAGUGUGUGUAUCUGGU